AUGUCCACUACCAAUUCUAUUAAACAAGCUGCCGAAGCCGCGCGCAAUAAAACCUCCGAAGCAACGAAAGCUCUAGCAGAACUAGACACAAUGGCGGCCAAACAAGACUUCCUUCACACGCCCUUCAUGCGUGCCGCUCUCCCAUUCAUAAACGGCGGCGCAGGGGGCAUGGUGGCAACGACAGUGAUCCAACCAAUCGACAUGAUCAAAGUGCGAUUGCAACUUGCCGGCGAGGGCGCCAGGACAGGCCCAAAACCGACGCCUUUAUCCGUAGCUAGAGAGAUCAUAGCUGCAGGCAAAGUCAUGGAUUUAUAUACCGGCCUUUCAGCGGGCCUACUACGGCAAGCGGUAUACACAACGGCCCGACUCGGGUUCUUUGACACCUUCAUGAAUACACUUACCACCCGAGCAAAGGGGAACGGUAACCAGAUUGGCUUUGCAGAGCGAGCAGGUGCAGGCUUAUCAGCCGGUGGCCUCGCAGCCAUGAUUGGCAACCCCGCGGAUCUGGCGCUCAUCCGCAUGCAAUCCGACGGCCUGAAACCCAUCGCCGAAAGGAAGAAUUACACAUCCGUUAUCCACGCCCUGAGGAGCAUUGCGAAAUCUGAAGGCAUAACAGCUCUUUGGGCUGGUGCGGCGCCCACGGUCGUGCGAGCAAUGGCGCUGAACUUCGGGCAACUGGCCUUCUUCUCAGAGGCGAAGCAGAGGUUAAAAGACACACCAUUGACUCCUAGGUCGCGGACCCUAGCUGCCAGCGCUGUUGCUGGGUUCUUUGCGAGUUUCUUCAGUUUGCCAUUUGAUUUUGUGAAGACGAGGCUGCAGAAGCAGCAGCGGGCGCCGGACGGCACUUUGCCUUAUAAGAGCAUGGUCGACUGUUUUAAGAAGGUUGCAAAACAGGAGGGUUUGUUGAGGUUUUAUAGGGGAUUUGGCACAUACUAUGUGAGAAUCGCUCCACAUGCGAUGGUAACGUUAAUCGUUGCGGACUACCUUGGCUUCGUUACGAAGUGA